GGUAGAAGAAGAAAGGGAAGCCUGGGAAUUGAAGGGGAAAAAAUGUCUUUAGCACCUUCGGUUCCACGCCUUCACUCUCUAUUUAUCUCUUGCCCCCACAAGUUCUUUGCUUCUCCCUGCAACAAAUCCAACUUACAUCAACGGUCACCCACUUCGUAUCCAUGUAUAAGAGCUGUGGAUCUCGAUCAGAACACGAUUGUGGCGAUCUCAGUUGGGGUUGCAAGCGUAGCGAUUGGGAUAGGGAUACCUGUCUUUUACGAAACUCAAAUCGAUAACGCUGCAAAGCGAGAGAACACGCAGGCUUGUUUCCCCUGUAAUGGAACCGGUGCCCAGAGAUGCAGAUUUUGUAUGGGGGCAGGUGCUGUGAGUGUACAGCUCGGAGGAGAUGAGAAGGAAGUCUCACGCUGCAUCAACUGUGAUGGUGUGGGCUCCUUGACUUGCACUACCUGUCAAGGCUCAGGAAUUCAACCUCGCUACCUUGAUCGCAGAGAGUUCAAAGACGAUGACUAAGAGAAUUUGUAGCACUAGAUAGUAGUUACUGGAUUCAAGUCACAAUUAACAGGAGAGAUCCAAGGACGAGCACAACACAUUUUGUAGUAACUAUUCAUAUCAUAUAAAUUAGUUCACUCUAUUGUAUUAAUGCAAAUCUUCUUCCAUUAC